CAUAUUUUUAAAGUAAAAACAAAUUAUUUAAUUCCAACAAAAAUGAAUUAAUGGGUUUAUCACUGUGCAAGUGGAAAUGCUGUUGUUGUUGUCAGCGGAACUCCAAUAGAAUUACUAGUGCGCCAAAAGAAAAGUUAAUAAAAGUUGUGCUGCUCGGUUUGGAGGGCAGCGGUAAAACCGAAAUAGGGUGUGCAUUAGCUGGUACACAGCGCUUAGGUGACGACUCGACCAAUGGGGUCCAAUACUUUCGAAUGAAAUUGCCAAGUGUUCAAGUGUCAAUUACUGAAAUAGGAGGCAACAAAGAAAUGCAGAAGAUUUGGCAUCACUACUUCGAUACGGCAAUGGGUUUCAUUUUUUGUUUUGACAUGUCCGCAACUUAUGAAGAACUUAAAGACUCCUUCGAGGUGCUGCAGAAGACUUUCGCACAUCCCUUUGUAAGUGGCAAACCAUUUCUAUUAAUUGCUACCAAAGCUGACUUGGCAGAUCAGAGCGUGCAGCUGUAUGACAUAGAGAACACAUUCCAACUGGAAACAUUGGCGAAUUAUUAUUUCAGUAGCCUUCGUUUGUGCUGCUAUUCGAGAAACUCAUCAAAUGCAAUUGUAGCAAAUGAAAUUUUUGAGGGAGUAAAUUGGCUUACUGCGUAUAUAAAUAAAAAUAUUAUUAUGCUCAGAAAACGUGUAAGAUGUGAUACGAAUAUGAAGAUUUGGCAAAAUCAAAUCAAAAAAAUAAUACUUGAAGGGAACUCAAGGAGAGGCAAAUAUGAACGCUUAAAAAAACGUAGAAGGCUUUGGGCGACAACAUAUAGGCGAUCAAAGAGAAGAAUUCGGCCAUGUACAGCACCAGCUACUAUUUUUUCUGUAUGCCAAUCAACUGAAACUGUCGAAUUGUCAACUUCCAAUGAUCUUCUGCCUUUAUCAACUCAAUUGCCAAACAAAACUAAUGUAUUUUUACAGCAGUAA